AUGGUGGCUAUUUAUUUAGUCCUGGUUGUUCUUCUUCCCAUUGCAAAAGGAGAGACAGUGACCGGAAGUUGUAAAGACAUGUUACAGGGUUAUCUAACAGGUCAACUGUCAUCUGCUCUGGGAGCGUAUCAGGUGGAAGCUUUGAGGCGGGAAUUCAAAAGCUUCACUGACGUCAUAAAGGAAUCAAUGCAAAAGUUCAAGGAAGAAGUCAAUGAUAGCAUACAUGAGGAAGGAAAAGGAAACAGAAACAUCGAAUACACAAGAUGGGGAAAGAAAACAUGCCCGUCCAAUGCAAACUUAGUUUAUUCAGGAUUCGUCGGAGGAUCACAUUUUACUCAUAAAGGAGCAGCGGUAGAACCCCUUUGUUUGCCUAGGGAUCCAGAGUGGGGGAUGUACGUGGAUGGAAAUAAUGCUAAUAGGGCUUAUGUUUUUGGAGCAGAGUAUGAUACCUUUAACUUCAAAGGCCAUUUUACUUCACUUAUCCAGCAUGACGUACCCUGUGCCGUUUGCCUUGUCAAAAAUAGAUCCAUUGUGAAAACAUUUCCAGCGAGAAAAACCUGCUACAAAGGAUGGACUCUCGAGUACCACGGUUAUCUAAUGGCUGGAUAUCAUGGUUUUACAGCCGGUACAACUUACACAUGUGUAGACAAGAAUCCAGACACCUUGCAUGGCGGUCAAGCUAAUCAAAAUGGCUACCUAUUUUAUUUUGUAGAAGGUCGGUGUGGUUCAUUAAAAUGUCCACCAUAUGUCGAAGGAAGGGAACUAGUGUGCGCUGUCUGUUCUAAAAAGUAA